AGUUUUAGCUCGGAGGUUCAGCCCCCGUGUGUUGACCAAGAGGGUGACCAUCCCACAAGCGUCCAGUAAAAAGACAGCCCCUCUCUUAAAGACCUCACCCAAUAAACAGAGGAGACAGAAACAGUGUGGGAGGGGAAACAGAGACAGAUGAAAUAACUUGUCAGAGGUCACACAGCAGUUAGUGGAAGAGCCAUAUGUAUGGGGCUCAGAAGAGUUGUGCUAACCCCUGGGCAACACUACCUUGAAUACCAGUCCCCUCUGAUGUCAUCCUUCAGGGAUACAACGCAUCCUGCAGAACCUAAUUUUGAAGACUUGCUCUGCAGUCUGCACAGACUGCAGCUUUAAUUCACGGCUACUCUAUUUCCUGUUCUGUCGCUGUUCUGAGGUUUCACUAUUAACAUCAAAAUUGAAGGGAAAUUCCCUGCCCCCAAAGUGCUCCCCAUGAAUUUUUUCGGUUGAAACUCACAGACCCAAAUGCCACGCAACAGCAGAGAGGCAAUGUAAGGAGGAGACCCGGCACGACCAGGCACUGGAGAAAUGGAAGAAGCGUUUUUCCAGCUUUACCAAGAAUUCACACACCUGCAAGAUUUAUGUGCAAAGCAGGCUGAGCUGCUACAGAAGUUGACUGUGAAGAAGGAACCAAUGACUGACAUGCCAAUUUCGAUGCCAAUCCAGUGCACAGACGACGGGGGGUUAGCACAAUCAGAGAGACUCUUCUUCAAACAGCAGUUACCAAAGGUUCCCAGCUCUAUCCUUUCCAACCCAACAGUUCCUACAUGGCCCAACGCUGCAGUUCUUCGGGACCAGCCACAAGAUGCAGACACGGUUUCUCAUUUUGCUAUUAAGUACCCCCUGAGUGCAGCAAACAACGGCUUGUCAAGCGGCGCCAAGGGGAAGGCAGAUUUCGCAAAAGCACUUUCCAGCCAGAACCACCACAAACCGCACGUGGGCAAGAAGGCGGCUUGUGACACGCUGUUGAAAAAUUAUACGACGUUUCCUGCCUUGAAAGCGGACAAGGAAAAAUCCACAGCCCCUCCCAUACCUCCAGAGCUUGCUACCCUAAAUCCAGAGGAUGUAGGCUCCUUUCCCAGUUUCUUGGAUCUUUAUGAAGCACCACAGGAUUUACAGAUGGAAAGUACUUCCCUUCCAGCUGCAGAAAUUAAAGUUCCUAUAGAAAUACGAGGACCCACGCAGCCUCGUCCAAAGGACUUCAUCCAAAGCCUUUUGAAAAAUAGAUGAUUUGGUCCAUCUAGGACUUCCUGGACUCCAGGAUGGGCAGUAGAAGACAGUCCACUUGGUCACAGCGGGGAUUGUGAACUCCAAGGGUACUCUGCAUACACAGACCUGUGACUUUUGCCAAGUCAUUUUCGCAGCUGGGGAAACAGCACAAGGAGACUAUUACAAGCAUCUCAUAGCUCAUAUCGAAUAGGAUUGGUAUCAUCAUGUACUCGUAACCCAGAUUACAAAGGAUGGCUUUCUGUUUAUGAGCCUACUGUAGAGUUGUUGGAAUAAGUGACAUCUUGACUCAGUGGCUGAACUGAAAGGUGAAAAGAAUUUUUUGUUUGGGUUGACCCAAAAUAAAAAAGUUUCAAUGUUUCCAGCAAAGCUCAAAAAGUCAAAAAAGAAUUUGUUUUGAAUGGAAUGAAACAUUUUAUUUAAUUUCUGAGUUUUUAUUUUUUAAAUCUUUUUCAAAUAGCAAUUUGUGAAAAUGAAGUGACACUCUAAGACGAAAUGUUUCAUUUUGAAAAUGGAAAAAAAAUAAUAAAAAUGAACUGUUUCAACGGUUCUGAUUUUUUUGAUAUUUGACCAAACUCAUUUGUGAAAAUUGACCCAAAUUUGUGAAUUCAUAUCA